AUGCUCUUACCAACCCCUGGAAUAUCGCCGUCUGUUAACAUUAACAACUUGCUGUGCACCCUUUCAAAUGAUGACAUUGCGCGUGUUGUUAAAAGUGACAAGCUAAUCCUGAAGUUUGCUGAAAAACUCUACCUUAAACAUGGACAUGAUCGGGAUCAGUUUCCCCCCGUCAGAAACUCACUCCGUGAAGCUGGACGUCUUCUCAUUGAGUUGCGGAAAGUCGUCAAGAAACCAGAUGCUGGUUUGGAAGAGUUCAUUGAUCCAAUGCACUUUCAGUUAGUGGUUGAAGCAGUUCAUGGAAUUGCUGGAUUUGAUCUUUCUAGCCAUAAAAUGGCCACCCCAUCUUUGGCCUUAAAGGUGGGACACACCUUGAAGAAGUGUGCCAAAAUAAUUAAAGGUUUCGCCCUUCAGGUCGGUGACAAGAUAACAAUAGAAAAGGCACAGGGUUUUAUUGAACUGCUUGAGAUGGAGUGGACAGAGAGAGUCUCAACGCAUGCUCUUCGUACCAUGGGGGAAAACAAAAGGAACAAAGUGCAGUUGAUUCCAUUAACAAACGACUGCGUGAAACUUACCAAAUGGCUUAGGGAGAAGGCUGCGAAGGCCUACCUUGAUGUGGAGAUGCCGACUAACACAGUUUCGGGAACUUCAGCUGCAUGGUGUGAACUUUCGGAUACCCUACUUUCCACAGUUAUACUGUUCAACAGGCGAAGGCAGGGUGAAGUUUCGAGAAUGAAGUUAGCAGAUUUUGUGCAGACUCAUCAGAGUCGACAGGAAGAUAUAAUGAAGGCCUUUUCUCCUUUUGAACAGAAACUGUGCAAAGCUCUUCAUCGAAUAGAAAUAGUGGGGAAAAGGGGAAGAACGGUGCCAGUUCUACUCACAGCAGACAUGCACAAUUGGAUGAAGAAGGUGGUGUGUUGUGAAACUCGUAGUAUUGUUGGUGUGAACCAAGCAAACUUCUACAUAUUUGCAGCUCGACAUGGCUCACUUGGCCACUUGAGGGGCACUGAUACCCUUAGUGAGCAUAGCUCCAAGUGUGGGGCUAAACACCCAGAACUUAUACGCUCAACACGUCUGCGAAAGCAGGUAGCCACUCUCUCUCAGAUUUUAAAUCUGAAGGACAACGAACUGGAUAUAUUGGCAAACUUCCUCGGCCAUGAUGUUAGGAUUCACCGAGACUUCUACCGGCUACCUGAGGAUUCUCUGCAGGUAGCAAAGGUCUCAAAGAUUCUUGUUGCAUCAGAGCAAGGAACUCUUGCUUCAUACCAUGGGAAGAGCUUGGACGAGAUGGAUGUCGAUAUUGAUGAAGUAAUAUCCUUUGAGGAAGAGUCAGAUGCCGAGGGCGAGGAUGAGGUUGACGACAUUGGUUCAGCUGAUGUUGAUGUGUCUGUUACAACCGCAACUGGUGCAGGUACUUCGGCCAAGAGUUCAGCAAGUACUUCAGGUCCUUCAACACCAACAGAGGACAAAAGUGGCCAAAAGAAGGCAAAACCAGUGCCAUGGACAGAUGAGCAGCGGCAAGCAGUGCGCCACUACUUUACUCAACAUAUCGCCCUAGGGAAAUGUCCCAGUAAGAGAGAGGUAGAAGGCUGCCAGACUGAGGAGCCAUGCCUAAAAAAACGAGCCUGGAGAAACAUCAAGGACUUCGUCAGAAAUGACAUUGUCAAGGCCAAGAGAAAAAAAUCUCUUUUUUAAGGGAAAUAUAAGAAGCAAUAACUUAGGGGCUUGGUGGGGUUGCUACUAGUGGUAGUGAUUCCCACACUAAAACAGAUGCAGCAGUGAAUGCCGUGUGCCAGAGUGGAUCGUGGCGUGGAGGUCAACGUAGUGCACAAUGAGAUUUUGGAAGAGAGACAAGUUGAAAACCAUUGGAUAGGAGUUGGCACAUGUAUUAUAACUGAUCUGAAUGUCUUAGUUUCAUCGUGGAAGUUCAAGUUACAAAUGAAUGUUUGAUUUCAGCAUUGUUCUGCUGACUGUUACCUCCACUCUGGCACACGGCUUUCACUGCUGCAUCUGUUUUAGUGCGGGAAUCACUACUACCAGUACCAACCCUACCGAGCCCCUUUAAAUGAGCUUUGCUGGCUUCAGCAGCUCUACAUAGUCUCACUGCCCUAUAGAAUCCGGUUCAUGUAAUAACUGUUAUUUUACGUCAGCAUCAGCGAUACCUGACACUACUUGUUCUCAAAUCAAGGACUCCCUCAGAUUUUAAUAGCUGCUUUGAAACUGUUGCUCAGUACCUGUGGAAGAGACAUUCUUGUUAACAUUGUACAGUUUUGUUGAAUUUCAAAUUGCCUAUUCUUGGACACGGUUAGAAGGAAUUGAUUUAUAGAUUUGGGUCAGACGGUUGUGCUUUUUUUCUGUCUGAAAUUUACCAUUUGGCAAAUAUAAAGUUCAUUUAUUUAUUUUUCCUACAUGGUAAGUCCUUAAAUUUUCAAAGAGGUAAAUUUCAGAGAAAAAUCUCACUUCGUAUGGCUAUGCAUUCUUUUGAUGGUGUUCAGGCCCGGAUAUCGGGAUUUUUUAUGCUUGUCCUCAUGUUCAGCAAUCUCAUUAUUCUUAUCAUAUCUUGUGUGGCACUUGAGUCCUUGAUGUAACGUUUCAUUGUCUGAAUAGUACUAAAGUCUAUUUCCACCGAGAGCAUACCAAGUAGCGGUAACUUCAAACAGACCCCAUGUGGGCAGCCACUUAACUUAUCUAAGUAGCCAUAAAUACCCGGCUAGGAAAGCAUCAGCUGACUGGAUUUCCCAGCCUCUCAGGUAGCUAUGGUCUGUUCCUAAAUUUUGGUAUACCCUCAUUUGAAGACAAUCCAUGUAGGUUCACUAUGCAUCUGCCAUUAAUAACAGUACUUCAUCGGAUAAAUUUGACCAGCAAGUCUGAACAGGGUAUGAGCUUCAUGGAAACAGCUGACGUCAGAGUUAAAGCAGGAAUUCCCUGCUUAAAUAUCUUCAUCUAGCAGUACUUGCCACGUGCUCUGUGCUGAAUGGAGUAUACACCAGGUGACCACAUUUGGCUUGAAUGAUGCUGCAUUUUUCUGAGUAAUUGGUGUGACAAGCACUUCCUCUGAGGGGUUUGCCACUAUGUUCUCAGUGGAAAUAGACUUUAAUUCAAAUCGUGUCCUAGUCUCUAAAUAUGGGCAUAUGCCUCCCCCUCCUCAGGAUAUGAUGGUCUACUCUUUGAUCAUGGGGUGUGGCUUGUAGUAAUUAUAUGUUGUUUGAAAUACUUUAUUUUGAUACUGCAUCUUCCUGUAUAUAGUAUAGGUUUGAAGUACAACGUAUGUCCUAGUCUUUGAAUGUGGGCUUAUGCCUCCCUCAGGAUAUAAUGUUCUAGUCUCUGAUCAUGGGGGGAAGGACUCCGAAAUCAGCCAUUGUUCAUCUAAUUAGGAAGAAGCCAUGCCAUUGUAUUUUUGUUACAGUAGAUUUUCAACAAUAUGAGGACUUGUAGGACAUGUAGGUGGACAGAUUUCUGUCCAGCCCCUUUCAGGUAGAUCAGAUCCAUGACUUUCUGAUAUCCAUCCACUCACUCCCCAACUGACCCCAGUCUUGUUGAAAGACAUUUAAAGGCAUUUGCAUGCCACAGGUAGCUUUUAGAGUGAAGGACAUUGAGCAGUUGAAAGGCGAAAGUUUAACCCUAAAUGGUACUUCAUGUAUUGUACCUCUGAGAGGGCCCCUAUUCCCCUGGCGGUACGGUGCUGCCGCCUGUCUGUAGUAUAACUAACUACUUUGAUGUAUGUUAAAAAGUCUGGACAAAAAUAUAGCACAGCCACAUGCUUGACAUUUAGUGAGUUGGUUUCUUUCUGCUAAAUACAAAGUUUACGAGGCCUGAGGCGCAGUGUCACCCAUGAAAUGACACAUCUGGCGACCCCGGCAGGACAUGAACCAACGGUUAUAAACUUUAUUUCAUGAUUUUGGAGGACAUCAGGUGUUUCUCGGGAAUCGGCACCAGCAAAUCCACUGAUGGAUGCAGGGCAGUAGAGUAGCAUGCACUGUGUAUGACUGAGUACAUCAUGUACAUUGGUGCGUGAGAAAGACCAAGCAUGCAUUAUUGAAAAAUGAAAAUCCUAGUGGCUGGCCACUCAUUUACACGCAGGUACAGAGAUUACUUAAUUAAAAAACGCCAAAAACACCCUGAUCGUGUUGACUUUGGGCCUGAUAUUGGCCUACCAAGAGAGAACAUUUUUAUCAAAGGCCGUGGCGGACUCAAGAUCACAGAGCCGUCUUUGAUUAAUAGAACUGUCACUGAGACGGAGCCAGACCUAGUAAUUCUUGAACUCGGAACCAAUGAUCUAUGUGAUGCGAAAUCGGAAGUGGAUGUAAACAUUUUGGCGGAACGUUUAGUUACACUUGCCAAAGCAUUGCCUGUUAAGGCUGUCGUGAUAUGCCUUGUGGUGGGGCGCCGCCGUCGUAGUCGAAACCAGAACAUUUUUGAGAAAUUUGAGGAAUGGCGCCAGCUCUUUAAUAUGAAAAUAAGGACACUCAUUGAUUCUGAACCAAACAUCAAAGCUUACAAGCACGAUCGUACGAUUUUGGUGAACCUAAGUAACAGCAUUACAGGAGAUGACAUCCAUGUGACUUCACAACGAGGACUGCAACUCUACAAUUUUAGUAUCAGGAAGGCAAUCCGGAUAGGCAUGGGAAUCGUCCGUGGAACUGGUAGGCAUGGAAGCAGCUAGAUGACUCGGGAUUGUUUUUGUGCAAGUUCGAUAAACAUUCUGAGUAUACCUGAACAUAAAUUCUUUUCAGGGACAAUUAGUUCUUGAUUUCAUAUGUGUUAGGAUAGUGUUGUUUACAUGCUAUUAUUACAAGCAUUAUUGUUGUUCACCUGAAUGCAUGCUUUACCAUCGGGUCAUUAUAUAGGUCACUCAUUCAUUGUUUAUGUAUACAUUUUCCAUGCUUUACUGUGGCCCUGUUGACAUGUACUAUUGAAUGUGCGUACUAGGGGUAAUGCAUUUCUGUUUUAGGAUAGUGUCUGGCGCAUGGUGGGAGUGUGCGUGAGUUUUCAGAGCUGUAGCUGUUGAGGGAGAUAAGAUAUGAAGGCGUGACGGACGGACACAUACACGCACACACGCACACACACACGCAGACACUAUGACCAGAAACAAUAUGGUUCCCGAUCUUACUGGAUCGGGAACCAUAAUAAUAUUUUGUAAGGUACAAAUGUACCAAUAUAGGCUGACUGGCUGUGGACAUAUUAACUUUGACCAACAUUAGCACUGGGUGGUUACUGUUGAAAGUCUAAAAGUCUGGUCAUUAUUGGGCAUCUCUAUCUACAUUUGAAUCCACCAAAAUAAUGUAUUUCAGGAUGUAGAAGGCAAUUUGAACUGUUAGUUGUUCAAAAAUGCUUGACUCAAAAUAGUGCAUUGAGCGAUUUCUAAUAAUAUUUACCCCGGGUCCAAUAGAAUAGGCAAGAACAACAGCUCGUUGCAAUUUCAUUUUAAAAGUGUUGCGGUAUAACUGGCAGUGGCAAUCUAAUUAAUGUAAAAAUGAAAGUGAAAUAGGUUACAAUAUUUUAAUUACUGUUGACUUACUUUUUAGCAUAAUGUAACAUUUCAGUAACCUUAUUAUUAUUCAUUUUCAUUGAAGUGACAGUAAGUGAGCACAUGGUCGAUGGCCAUUUUAUUUUCAUUUACAUUUUAUUUUCAGUACAAUGCUCCAAAUAUAACAUCCCUGUUUGUAUUUACAGAAAGGUCCCAUUCGGGGGUAUAUAUCUGUACAGUAAAAACAUACAGAUACAAUAUUAUACGUAAUAGUAUGUAUAUUUAUUUUGAAAUGUUUUGCAAUUGUUUUUUUUAGGUUUACACUCUGUCAUAUGCCGUUUGCCACAUACCGGUACAGAAACCAGUCAGGAAGAGUCCCAUUUUCACUGCCCCUGUUGUGAAAAAACUUUUGUACGGAAAGACUACUUCAACAAGCACAUUCAGAAAUGUCAAAGGAAAGACAGCAGCAGACCAGAAACUAGAACUCCUCAUCUUCAGGUAGAAGAACCAAGGAAUGUAGAUCUGACAAGACAAAGAAACUACCCACAAUCAACAACUAUAGGUGCCGAUCAAGAUCAAGGAAACACUGGUUGUGGAGAUGAUGGGAGUAGUAGUCGAGAGGGUCUAAGAUCAACAACUAUAGGUGCCGAUCAAGAUCAAGGAAACACUGGUUGCGGAGAAGAUGGGAGUAGUAGUCGAGAGGGUCUAAGAUCAACAACCAUAGGUGCCGAUCAAGAUCAAGGAAACACUGGUUGCGGAGAAGAUGGCAGUCGUUGUCGAGAGGGUCUAAGAGAAAAAGCAAAUGCUGUAGAUCAUACUUACUUUGAGAGCUGAGCUCAAGAAAUCCAAAGGCCAACAGCUGAGCAAAGAAAAAAACAAUGCAAUGAGUGUGGACGCCACAUAAAUGCUGCAGGUUUUAAGAAACAUCUUGAAACCCAUACGACAAGAAAAAAGGACAUUUAUUCAGAACAUCAUCACUAUGCCGUUAAGGUAGAUGGUCCAAAAGGAAUAUUCUGUGUGUCAAAAACAAUGAGUGGACUCCUGUAUCCAUUGCACGUGAUAAAACUUACGAGUGGAAUGGGAGCAACAUCCACAUGUGAAGACACAAUCUGUUCGGAAACAAAAAAAGCGGCUAUUAGAGGGGGAAAUGCCUCAUUUGAAUGCAAGCAUUUGCGAUCGAUGACGUACUCUGUUGAUGGGGUUUCCCCACAAUUAGAUGAAUCAAAACUUGGUGGGAUGGUAGAGGCAAGUUUCAUUACAAGGGAAAGGCAGAGGGAAGCACUAGAAAUAAGAGAAACAGCAUUACGGAACAAAACACCUAUAGUGACACAAUUACCCCCUCUAAAGGGGACACAGAAGUUUGUAUACUUUUCGGUGUUUUCUGGAAAAACAAGAUACUGGAGUUUAUUUAGCAGAACUGUUGUUGUGUUAAACAAAGAAACUAAAGUAUGGAACUGCCGCUGCUGUCGGCAGAGGCGGGGCUGCAUUCACAAGGUGUUGUGUAAAUGGACAAUUUAUCAAGAGGUGCCUGAAUUAAUUCAAAGGGAUGAGGAAGAAGAAGAUGAAGGGAGAGUUGAAGACCGAGUAGAGGGAAUAGAGAUUGCGGAAAGCGAAGACGUAAGCCAACUAGCAGCAUAUCCUCCAACUGCACCAGGGAUGCUGGAUAAGAUGCAUACAUACAUUGAUUCUUUCAAAAAGUACCCAGUCUCUAUUGAAAAAGCCAGUGAGGUCGCCCGUGAUAUAUCAUCGCCACUGACAGUUGUUCCUCGUGAAAUGACCUGCCAAAAUUGCCACUGUGCAUUGAGUGAGCCUCAGUUGUGCUCAAGGAAAGGACAGAUAAUCCUUAAAGAUAGGAUCAUCAAAGAUGUCUAUGUGUAUGUGAAGCACUGCCUGAGGUGUAAGAUGUCAUAUCGGUAUCAAGAAUGGUCAGAAGGAUUCCACAACUACAAUGAUUCCCUCUUUUUAGGAUUGGAUGUGUGCCUUUUCAUACGGACAGGACUUAAGAACCACGUUGCCAUCAGCCGCUGUGUAGGAAUGCUAGAAGAUCUUAUAGGAGAAACAAUCAAAAGCAAUGAUGUUGUUCAAGCCUAUUUGCUAUUUGAGUGCCUUACAGAACACUCCUACAACUUUUAUUGUGUGCUCUGUGGUCAUCACCCAGUAACUUUAGUUUGGUAUGGACUGAGGAAGACCUCAUUUCGACUCGCAGUUUCAGACAUAAAACCUCCAACUCCGAAACGCCUGACCGUGUCAACAUCAGAGACUUCUGGUUUGGGGUGGAAUCAAAUAUGUUCAGCAAGUCAGUUACAAAAGGUAAAUCAGCUCAUCCUGAGAUUGUUCCUAACUAUGAUAAUUGGAGCCCAUGGAUUGGUGAAAGAACACGUUCAAGUCAGCUAGUGUUCAACACAGAACAAAAGAAGUGCACUCCUUCAAUGACUGAUGAUGAAAAUGGCGAAGUAGUACCAGAGGAAAUUGACAGUCGGUUACUGCAGGAUGAAAGGUUUUAUGUGAAUCUUGUCAUGCACAUGGUGGUGAUAACGAUGGAGCCAAUAAAGACCUAAGAAAGGGAAACGACGACUUCUUGCGUUUUUACGUGUUAUUUCGAAUUAAGCCUGACAGCAGCCACAGUAAAACUCUGCCACGAUUACAGAUACCGACAAUGGCAACCGGAGGACGAGACCUCAUCGACUUAGGGAUUGUAGGUGGUGGUGUCGACCAUGCCGCUAUUGACACUUUGGCACGUGUAGCUGAAAAGGAACGACUUCUGAUCGAAGCCAAAGAAGAGAAUAGACAGUUAGCUGCGCAGCUGGCGGUCGCCAGGGCAGAUCUGGGAAGAGUAGCCACGAUUCUGCUACUCCUCCAGCCCCUACUGUGAUCAGUACACCGGACCCUGGACUGACUUCGGUCUUGUCACUGCUAACAAACGUCCUGCGUGAACAGCAUGAUGGACUUCCAAAAAAGGAACCAAAUGUGUUCCAAGGGGACAUUUUUCUCUUUCCAGUCUGGCUUAACUCCUACCGUGUGCUUGUGGAACAAAGGUGUAGUGACAUUAAUGACAGAAAUUACUAUCUUAGCAAGUACACUGGAGGAGAAGCCAGGAUGUGUAUUGAGGGCAUGCUAGCCCUUAAUACUGCUGCAGCCUAUGAGAGGGCGAUGAGAACAUUACAAGAACGAUACGGGGACAAGUUAAAGUUGGCAAAGUCUUUCAGGGAUCGCUUAGAGCAAUGGCCGACAGUACGUUAUGGGGACGGUGAGGCCCUUAGGGACCUUUCGGACUUCUUGAAUCAAUGCGACGCUGCCAUGUCCACUCUUGGGCAGCUGAGUUUUCUUGAUGAUCCCUGUGAACAGCAGAAAAUUCUGGAAAAACUUCCCAAAGCCAUUCAGGGCAAAUGGCUGGUCAUUGUUGACAAGUCCUUGUAUGGUGAUGAUGAUGAGGACUAUGUUAGUUCUGGGAAUUACCCCUCAUUUUCCAAACUCUGUAAAUUUCUAACCAAACAAGCUAGAAUAGCCUGUAACGCUCUAGUAGUUGGUCAUGAUGGUGGUCAGAAGCAGCGUACCACCCCAACGUUUCACAUACCACGAACCCCAAGUCAGGAUCAUCCUGGUCUUCAUCGAAAUCAAAGACAACUUCAAGUUCUAACCCGAGUGCAGUCACGUUUUCUGCCUCCACGUCCACGGCCCCACCUGGUGGCCGUACUACCGGUAACAGUUUCGGGCAAGUCGCUGUACCAACUGUGCAGAACUUUGGAAAGUGUGUUUUGUGUUCAACCGGGAAUCACAGCCUCGAUUUCUGCAACACCUUCAAGGAGAUGAGUCUGAAGGAGCGAACGGACACUGUCAAGAAGCAUGGACUAUGUCUGGAUUGUUUUAAGUGGGGCCACCGGGUCCGUGAUUGUAAACACAAGCGAAAGUGUGAAAAGUGUAGUCGCCUACACCCAACGUUACUGCAUGAUGAUUCAUAUGUGUAUAAGUCCAACCCUACAGGCAAUAGUACUGGCACACUUGAUGCCAGUGGUACCAACAAUGUUGAGUCUGCCAACUGUAGAAGGACAGGGACCAGUGACAACAGCAGCGGCUCGGAAUGUUUGUCCCACUCCCUCAUAGUGCCCGUCACAGUCCAUCAUAAGGACAACCCUGACAACCACGUGGUUGUAUAUGCAUUAUUAGACGAACAGUCUGAUGCGUGCUUUGUCACUGACUCGGUUCUUCAGCGGAUGGAUGUCUCGGGUUUAAAUGUUGAUCUGAAUUUUUCUACUGUCCUAGCAAAGAAAACAGUCGUCUGUAAAAAGGUGACUGGUCUUGUGAUCAAGGGUUUGAGGGAGCCUGACAGUUUGGCUCUUCCCCCCGUGUAUUCUCGUGACAGCAUCCCCGCAAAGCGGUCUCAAAUACCGCGCCCUGAGACCGCGCGUGAUUGGGCACAUCUUACAAAGGUCGCGGACCAGCUCACACCUCAUCUUAGCGAGGUGGAGAUUGGUCUCCUGGUGGGUAUGAAUUAUUCACGGGCCAUACGUCCAUUGGAUGUCGUCGCAGGUGCGGAAAACGACCCCUAUGCUGUGAAAACUGCACUAGGAUGGGGGGUGAUUGGUAACAUGAGUGCUAAAGAUUCCGAUCAGUCUCCACAUUUUGCCUUUGCCACACGAGUAAAGGAGAUAAGUCCUAUGCAGAUAGUGAAAAUGUUUGAGCAAGAUUUCAGCGAGCUUUGUGGGAAGGAUGAGGCAACUUCCGUGGAAGACAGACGAUUCUUGGAGAAAGUCGGUGCCGGCAUUCGACAGCGUGAGGAUGGGCAUUUCGAGAUUCCAUUACCCUUUAGAGACGAUGACGUGAUACUCCCCAACAACAAGGAUGCUGUCCUAGCAAGACAGGGGCGUCUCAAGGCCAAGCUGACUAGGGACUCCAAAUACCGAGAUGAUUACUGCGGUUUCAUGAGCAAGUUGUUUGAAAAUGGUUACGCUGAAUGUGUUCCUGAUAACGAGAUUGGUCUCAAUGAUGGUACUGUAUACUAUAUACCCCACCAUGGCGUAUAUCAUCCGCGCAAACCCAAUAAGCUACGCGUGGUGUUUGAUUGCGCUGCACAAUUCUACGGAGAGGCAUUGAACAGUCAUUUACUCCGCGGUACUGAUAUGCUAAAUAAUUCGACUGGUGUCUUAACUCGUUUUCGCAAAGAGACUAUCGCGUUUACAUGCGAUAUCGAGGCCAUGUUUCACCAAGUUGUUGUACCUCCUGCGCAGAGAAAUUUCCUUCGUUUCCUUUGGUGGGAAGGGGGGGAUUUGAGCAUGCCGCUAGUUGAAUUUCGCAUGCGUUCCCAUCCUUUUGGGUUAACUUCUAGUCCAGGGGUCGCGAAUUUUGCCCUGAAGGCAACCGCUGAUAAAUUUCGCCAUGUGUUUGGGGAUGACACAGCCGAUUUCGUAAAGCGCGAUUUCUAUUGUGAUGAUGGCUGUAAGGCGUUGCCCACUCCCGCUGAGGCUAUCAGUCUGAUUGCGAGUAGUCAUUAAUUGUGCGAUUGUGGAAAGUUCAAUCUCCGGGCAUAUACAUGCAACCACAAGGGUGUGAUGGAACAGGUUCCAGCAGAUCUCCGGGCGAAGGAGUUUCAGCAGAUUGACUUUCAACAUGAUGACUUGCCAGUGGGACAUACCCUCGGAGUAUUGUGGAGCGUAGCAUCGGACGAGUUUGAAUUCCGAGUAGACCUGAAGGAUAGGCCUCUGACAAGGAGGGGUCUGCUGUCAACCAUAAGUGCCGACGGGUCGGUUAGAAAGGUCAUGUUGAAAGUUAGGGGCAAGAACAUGGAACGCCCCAUCCAUAAGCUCAUUCUUCUGCUUGAGAAUUCACCAGAAGUUAAGAACGAUGUACCAGAGGGCAAGGACAACUAGUCCUGUUGUCUUAGGUCUAAAGAUAGACAUUUUCCUUGUGUGUAUAUGUACAUGUAUGUGCCUAGGGAGCGCUGGGAUCAUUUUUAAGCCAGGAUUUGAUUUGCAAACCCAGUGCAUUUCAGUUAGGGUUUCUUGCAGUGGUGAAGUCUAAUGAUUAUUGAAUCGUUAUGAUCAUAUGAUUUCGCCCUACCACUAAAUUUUGGGUUUUGUAACCGUUGUCCAUGGACAUACUAUUCCAUUUGAUUCCGAGUGCGAAAUUGCAUUUCUUGAGAAGUUUAAAACUGAGGCAAAUGCAGUAUUGUAUGAUGCCUACCAUGUUUUGGGUACCGGUAUUUUUAGCUCAGCUGACGAAAGUCAGCAGAGCUAGUCAAAUAGCUAUUCGAGUGGCGUCUGUCCUUCCUGCCAUCCAUCCAUCCAUCCAUCUGUGGACAUUUUGGGCAUUUUGUAACCGUAAGGCCUAGGCACUUCAAAUUUAACAAGUGGGAAGAAUAGCCUUUGAAAUGCUGCUGACAGAAAAAUUUAGCCCGGUUUGACUCUAAUUCAGCCCACCAGGGGGCAAAAAGCGUAAAUUACAAAAAUAUUUUUUGUCGCUUUAUGCCAGGAGUUCGAAGCUUGAAAAAAAGUUGAAGAGGUCUGCAUAACAAUCAGGUUUUGAUAUAAAAUAGAUUAAUUUUGAUUUAUGUGACCAGUUGGCAGUAAUUGGGCAAAAGUGUAAGUUGGCACAUUGCCAGCUGUUUUGAAUUUCGCGGUUCGAGGCAUUCCCUCAGAAAUUCCAGUGACGUAAACGUCGGGAAAUGUCAGAAAUUGGACACGUUCGGAAAUGCGAUGUAGUUUCUAUAAUUUAACGUUGAACUGUUCGAAUUUGGAAACCUGUCUAAAUUCUGAACUUUUCCCGGAUUGUGCAGAGGAAGCGGAUUGAUAUGUGGUAGGUGAGCCCAGGUAGAAGAUAUAGGUCUUUCAGUACGUUCGAGUAAGAUGCGUGUUAUUGUGUUAGUAAUAAACGAUAAAUGAUCUAAAGCUAUUUGGUGUGUUUCUAUUGUCAUUUUCUGCACGAAAUAACAGCUUGGGAGCGCACAUUGAAGGAAAGUAGUGCCGCAUUGGCACGACGCCAGCUCACGCCGUUAUCUGGCAGCAUGGUCAGCUGUGUGAAGACAUCUUCAUCGACAACAUGGCAUCGAAUUCGAACAAAAGAAAAUUUGAGGAUGAACCAAAAAUUACCCAAGAUCUUUAUGUAUUCAACACCAGUCCAAUGAAGACAAGUAAGGCUAACAAGGAUUAUUUCAAAGCCAUUGCACAAACAAAUAAAAACACUUACAUGGACCUUGUGUGCUUCCAGCCCAAAUUGCACAGCCAAUUUCGAAGAGCAGAACAACAAAAAAGCCCAGUCAAACUGAGGGAUGCUGCCCUUACAAAAGGUUUUAAAGACGAUUCAGUAAAUGACUUAAAAGUGACCUACCAAACAAGAAUGUCUAUUGAAACGCAACCUCUAAACUUUAAACCAAAAGCCCCGAAAGUUAAAGUCACACCCACUAUCAAGCUCAACUCCCUGAACAACCAAAGGAUUUCUCAAAGGCUCAACAUCACAGCGAAGGUGGUGAAAGUACUUGAAGACACCUGCCUCAAAGAUGUUCGAGGACAAAGCUUAAAUGCAAAAGUCAUACUUGUUGCAGAUGACACCGGAUGUGCCAAGUUAACAUUAUGGGAAAAGUUGAUACCUAUGGUUGAAAAUGAAAAAACCUACCAGUUCAGUGAAUUGUCCGUAUACUAUUUCGACCAAAACUCAUUAACAACCACCCCGGAAACUGCUAUCAAAGUUCAUACUGACAUAACGGUGAUUGAUAUAUCACAAGAUAUAAUUGAGGAACAACAUCUCGAUGACACCAACACAACAGUGAAGAAUGCCACAGUUCAGCAAGUUUCUGUAACAAUGAGAAAGGCAUGCUUGUCUUGUAAACAUGUUGUGCCAACAACCGACCACCACACCACAAAGUGUGGAAAUUGUGACAUGCGCCAGUUAACCAAAAUGUUAACACAAAACAUUCGGGUAAAAUUGCUCUUAAUGGCAGAGGACAAGGAAAGAAUCGCUGUCACAGGUCUAGACCAGAUCAUGAUUGACUUUCUGCUGAAAGAGGGACUAGUCAUAACUAAUGAUGUCACGACUGACGACAUUGAGGAAUUCAUUUUGAAUUUAGAAACUAUCCCAUCAGUAACAUACAAUGUGGACAGACUUGUUCUAAAAUUUUGAACCCAAUUCGUCAAACUGCAUAAUUCAUUUUCAAAUGCACAUGAUCCAGGCCUAUGGUAAAGCCUCCCAGAAAAUGGUGCACCACAGUUUGACAUGAUAUGUAAACCAGCACUAAAAGCGCCCUUCGGGUUGUGCAGUAAUUUCAUUCAGUUUUGGAAACGAAAAGCAUUUAUUUAGUUAUAAUUUGAAUACAAGCAGAAUGUUCCUAAUUGAAAGUCUAUUGUGUUUAGCCUUUUAUUAUCAUGAAACAUUGUAAUUUCUUACAAAUCUUAUACUGAUUUGAUUGCAUACUAAGUUACAUAAAUGUUCAUUUUCAGUACCCUUCUAACAUUGUCUAAAGACCGUGCCGCAAAAACAUCCACAUUAUGUAUACUCUUACAAAUGCAAAUAAAUAAGACAAAUACGUGUAUGAUUAUGAAUGCAUUAAUACUCAUGCAUAUUAACCAGAUACAAAAUGUAGACAUUUGUAAUUGUUUGUUUAUACUUCUUAAGAAGGUAUUAUUUUCUAUGUUCUAAGUUUAUUUUAUGCAUCCUUUAUGUUCAUAGAUAUAGGGAUCAUUUCAGAAGUUUUAUCCCAGGAGAGAUAACAUGAUCUUGCAUAUAAACAUUGUAAUUUCUGUUAAUUCUUGUACUAAUUUCAUCACAUACAAAGUUAUGUUAAUGUUUUCCUAAGGACUGUGACGCAAAUACGUCCUUAUGAUCCAUUAAGUUA